UGUGGUUAAUAAAAAGCGGGAGUGGGAGACGGAGCGGGAAAUUGGAAGGAGACACGUAGUGGGAAACGGGACGGGACACAUUGCGAAAAACAUGGUGGCACAAUAUGUAGGAAACGGUACGGAAUAUCUAAAUUACAUAGCAGGAAGUGGGAUUGGACAAGUUUGCGGGACGAGACACGUACGGGAAACUGGAAAUUGAACUAAAGAUGAGGAAAAAUGCGAAUUUAAAUCAUAUAUGUUACCAGUCUUACAGAGUACGCGAUAAAGAAAUUACUGAGAUUUUGCUAUGAAAUUCACGCGGGCGAAGCCGCGAGCAAAAGCUAGUUAAUAAUAUAAAUGCGAGAAAGUAUUGUUGUUACCUCUCAUCUGAGAUUUAUUCUCUCUAUCUGUUUAACCAAUCUUCUUGAGAUCUUGCAUAGGUACAUGUAGUUUGAAAUACAGAGAAAGACAUAGAGUACCUCCUUUAAUCCCGGAAAAAUAAAUGUUCCCGUGGGAAAUUCACGCGAACAAAGCCGCGGGCAAUAGCUAGUAUUGUAUAUUUUACACUUCUGUAAACUUUUGUAUAGGGGAUCAUCUGAUUUCUAAGAAUAAUUAAAUAAUUAACCUAAUAUAGUUAUUCUGCCUAAGAGUCAGUGCACAAAAAUAAUUUAUUUUAGUUAACACAUACAAGGGAAUCAACCAUAUGAUAGAAAGACUAGCGGAACGGGCUGGGUGACCUAGUGUAAGCGGGUGCGGGGCGGCUAAGUUGAAAGCGACAUCGUGCAUAAUCACAGUAGCAGGGAAGGUGGUCUAGCAGUCACGGUCGCGCUGCAGGUACAGUGCGCGCGCACCUCGCCAUGCGCACACGCUCGUCAUAUGGCGCGGCGUCUGGCGCUGCUGGUGCUGGCCUGCGCGGCGGCUAUGCAACGCCCGCAUUACUCCGACGCCUCUUCCGACUCGGCAUCAUAUGAUUCAUUCUCGAUAUUUGACGAUUACGACGAAUCAUUCGAACCCGUCCCGAAACCGCGUCCGUCGACAGCAAGUCCCAAAGUGAUAUUAAAAGGCCCAAGCGCAAAACUGAAUGCGUCGUUAAAUGAUUCUAAUAAUAAACAAAAAUUCGUUAAGACUACUAAUAUCAAAAUUGAGAGCCAUACAAACUUUAUAGUGACCAAAAAGCCUGUGCAUAAACCUAGUGUAGAAAAUAAAGUAACCCGCCCUGUUGUGCAGUUGGGAGAUCAGUAUAUUUUGCUGGAUGUGGAGGAUGAGGUAAUUACGGCAAGUAAAAAGCCGACAACCCGGCGUCCGACUAGCGCACAGUGGCCGAGUCCGACAAGACGGCCAAGUUCGUCAAGACGCCCGAAUCCGACAAGAAGGCCGAGUUCGACUCGGAGACCGAUCCCAUCGCGAAGGCCGACGAAGUCGACAACGAAGCGCCGCCCGCCCGCAACUUCGCCCCGCCCAAUCCGUACCACAUAUAAAAUAACCAAACCAACACCGACAAAGAAAACGUCUUGCCCUCCAAAAAAGACAGGAUGGCUGUCAACAUUUUUCAAAGAUAAUCAAAACCAAAAGAAAACUGCUCCAAAGAAACCUUCAAAAUCAGGUUGGUUCUUAGGUAUUUUUUCAAGAAUAUAUAAAUGGAUAUCUAGUUCAAUUUUUGGCGGCAACUGGUUCGAUGAAUCUAAGGAAAAGUCUACUACCAUUGGGCCUACAACCCCGACCCCAGUUACGACCACCAGCAAGAACUGGUACCAGGCUUUACUUGACGAUGAAGACAACGACGGAGAUCGUGUUACCGAAGCCAAUAUUAAAAAAAAGAUUUCAUCAAAGAAGUCAGAAAAGCGUCAUUAUAAAGGAUUUAAACUACUACGAGCAUAUCUUGACGUAAAGAAGAAAGUGAACGAUAUGCUAGAUCUGAAGGAAGAAGGUCAAGGCUCUGGGUUGAUGUGGUGUACCCCACCGUCUCUCAAUAGCUCCACGGAUCUCCUAGUACCACCAGAUCUUAUGGCUGAUGUCAAAGAUUACCUCCAAAACGCAAAUAUUGAUUACGAGAUUGUUAUUUGGGAUUUACAAAAAGCUAUAGCUUAUGAAAAUCCGUCGUUGUCGUUAAAACAGCGCCGCGCUUUGGAACAGUUGAAUGGUCAUCCGAUGACGUGGCGGAGGUAUCAUCGGUAUGCCGACAUCCUGCGCUACUUGGAAUAUCUGCAACAUUCUUAUACCGAUAUGGUGGAGCUGAUCCCGCUUGGUCGGUCAUCAGAAGGACUUCCUUUAGUUGCAGUAAAGGUAUCUGUACCCGUAAACGAGACUCAAAAAAAUGUGAGUAGUAAAGAGAAGAAGAAGUGGAAGCUUCGUUCGCGCAUGAAGCCUGCGGUGUGGGUGGACGGAGGCGCGCAUGCGCGGGAGUGGAUUGCUCCGGCCGUUGCUACAUGGAUGUUGCGCGCGCUUGUCGAAGGAGAUAAAGGAUUAGGUGCCGAUUUCAAAUUACUAGAACAAGCAGAUUUUUAUAUAAUGCCAGUGAUGAACCCCGACGGCUACGAACACUCGCACACCCACGAUAGGCUUUGGAAAAAAACACGAUCCCGACAACCUGAACAAUCUGACGACUACUUUGUCGCCUGGUUUCAAUGGUGGAAGAGUAACGAAUGCGUGGGCGUAGACGCGGACCGCAACUGGGAUUACAACUGGGGCAAGCAGGACUCUUCGCAGGACCCCUGCGAUGAGAACUACUCCGGCUCGCACCCGUUCAGCGAGCCUGAGACGCGGGCCGUCGCGGACUUCCUCACUGAGCACCGGAGACAAAUAAAGGUGUACAUAUCUCUGCAUGCGUAUACGCAAGCUUGGAUAGUGCCGAGUUCGGAGACUCAUUCGUCGGUCGAUGGGGAGCUGAUGGAAAUGGGAGAAUUGGCCACUGCGGCACUUGCUGAUGCCUACAGCACUAAAUAUCAGGUUGGCACUGUGGCUCAGAUACGACAACCAGCUUCAGGGAUGUCUCACGACUGGGCCAAAACGCGAGCAGGCAUUCCUUUCUCGUAUCAUGUGGAUCUUAGAGAUUCCUUUGGACCAUACGGAUUUUUGCUGCCUGGUGCGAAAAUAGUUUCUACUGCUCAUGAGACGUGGAUGGCUGUCAAAGCUAUAGUAGAUAACUUAAAUCCUCCUUAAGUAUUAUAAGCAGAAAAAAUACCUACUUAGGUAGCUAGUUGCAAAUUGUAGUAUACUGUAGGUAUAUUGAAUAAAUGCAUGUCUGUUCUAGACAUAAAAUGUGAAUGUAAUGGUUAGAUUUUUAGCUUAUU